AUGAAUAUCUCAAUAAUUCAAGGCAACCUAUCCCAAUCUUUCCCGAACCGCCGCACAGAACUUAUCGCGCUGGUGUCGGUGUUCACCUUUGCCGGCGCCACCGGCGUGUUGCUAUCCACAUCCCUGUUUUUGACGAUCAUCAUGCGCCCGAAUCUCCGCACCGGUUCCGGGAUCUUAAUCGCCCACCAACAGCUGCUGAAUGUCCUACAAACUGGGAUCGGCAAUCCCUUCUACAUUGUUGUAGGGUGGGUGGUAUGGCUGGGUGGCGUGUCCAUCACUGGAAUUAACUGUACCGCGAUGCACUUCUUCUGUCAACUGUUUAUCUGCGUGGAGACAUGGAGCUCCGUAUUUCUUGCCGUCAACCGAUUUGUCGCGAUCAUCUACCCGCACCAAUAUCGUCUCAUCUCUUCGAAUGCGGCCGUUGCCGGUUUCAUUACGGCCUCGUGGUGUAUCAGUGCCGCUAUCGAAAUCCCAGCGCUCCUGGGCAUUGGGAGUUACUUUGGUUUUCGACAGUUUGAUUGUGGAUACAUCCGCGUAACCGAUCACAACAUGGUCGUCAUGCACGGCGUUGUGGGGAUAUGGUUUCCGCUAGCAGUGCAAGCGCUCCUGUAUGCCGCGAUUGUAAUCAACCAUCGCCAAAAAGAAGAAGAAAGUCGAAUAACCAUGGUGCAGAAAAAACGGUUUAAACUGUUCCGGUUGCUUUUCGGUUCGUAUUUGUGGUAUGUCGCUUGCUAUAUACCCUUCAUGGUGACAAUUUACGGAUUUCCCCGGUUUUGGUUCGCGGAUAAGCUACGCGCGGGCUGGUUCAUGGUUUUGCAAGAGAUCGGAUACGCUGGAAGUCCGGUUUUUCUACUGCUGAUGAAUAAAGACGUCAUGAAGAAUGCAAAAGAAGGUGUCGGGUUACUACGACGGAAUAUGUGUGAAAAUAACGUGAUUGCACCUAGUUCGAAAGCACUAUCGUCCACGGCUGAUUCGACAGGACUAACGAUGCGAGCGUUGUGA